UUCCAGAAUUAAAGUUGGUUUUAAUUUGAACUAUUAUUUGAAAGUAUGAGUCGCAGCAGACAUUUACAUUUGAAAUGAAUAUUCUAAAAAGUCGUCACUAUAGAGAGUUCAAAUUUGUGCUCACUCUCCUUGGACAAUGGCCGAAUCAACCACCGUUACAACGAUUUUGCGCACGUUUUGUGGUAUUGUUAGCCAUUUUUAGUAUAUUGACACCAAAGGUAAUCAAAUUUUUUGAAGUUAUUGAAGAUGUCAACGGAAUUAUCGAAUGCUUGCCAAUGAUAAUUCUCCAUUUAGUGAGUCUUACCAAAUAUUUCAAUUGGAUACUCAAUGAAAAAAAGGUGAAUCAUUUAUUUGUACUCAUUGAUCGUGAUGGAAAGGCUUUGAAAUUAGAUCGAGAUGUUGAAAUUAUGAACAAAUGGCUACAGCGUAUAAGAACUGUUUCAACUAAUUAUUCAACUGCCAUGUUUUCAAUUCUCAUAUUAUAUCUCGCAUCACCGGCUAUUCCAAUAAUUAUGGACAUGGUCUCACCGCUAAAUGGAACCCGUGAACGGAUAUAUUUAUAUCAGACAGAGUAUUUCAUCGAUCAACAAAAGUAUUACUUUCAUAUCUUGAUACAUGCGUAUUUGACUGUGCCUAUUUCAGUGGUUGUUCUCGUAUACUUCGAUAACGUCCUCGGAACGAAGGUCCAUCAUGCUUGUGCCAUGUUCGAGAUACUCAGUACUUAUUUAGAAAACAUUAAUGUUCGGAAAAUGACUAGAAGUGGUGAUAAAGAAAUGUCCCAUAAAGGACGCCAUUACAUAGUACACUGUAUAAAUAUGCAUAAAGAUAUUUUGCAAUUUUCAAAAAAAUUGGAAUCAUCAGUUUCUUUAGCUUGGCUAAUAAUAUUAUUUUAUAGUUUGACUAUAAUUUCUGUAACGGGUACGGUGACAGUUAUGAAAUUGAAUCAACCGAGUGAAGCAUUCAAAUUUUUUGCGUUUACUAUCGGCGCAGUUUUUCAUCUUUUUUACACGAGUUUCCAAGGCCAAGAACUAUUACAUCAAAGUGAACGAGUUUUUCAUGCUGUUUAUGAAUCCAAAUGGUAUGAUCUCACUUGUUAUCACCAAAAACUGCUCAGUAUUAUAAUAAUGAGAAGUGCAAAACCAAGUACACUUACCGCAGGAAAAUUGUACAUUCUAUCGUUAGGUACAUUCAGUAUUGUACUCAAAAACGCCAUACAUCGAACAAAAAUGAAUAUUCUACAAAGUCGUCACUAUAGAGAAUUUAAAGUCGUACUCACCCUUCUUGGACAAUGGCCUUCGCAUUCACCCCUACAACGAUAUUGUGCACGUUUUCUCGUAUUGUUUGCCAUUUUUAGUAUACUGACACCAAAGAUAAUCAAAUGUAUUGUAGUAAUUAACGACAUCGAUGGAGUUAUCGGAUGUCUACCUAUGAUAUUUGUCCAUUUUACAAGUCUUACUAAAUAUUUCAACUGGCUACUUAAUGCCGAUAAGUUCAAAAAUUUACUUUAUCUUAUCGAACGCGACGGCAAUAGCUUAGAAGAUCAUCAAGAUAUCGAGAUCAUGGAUGACUGGUUGAGACGGAUAAAAAGCAUUACGACUGCUUACACAACGGCAAUGUUUUCAAUCCUCGGAUUGUUUCUUGUAUCGCCAGCAAUCCCAAAAAUAAUGGACUUAGUUAAGCCGUUGAAUGAAUCUAGGCCUCUAAUAAAUCUGUAUGAAACAGAAUAUUUUGUUGAUCAAGAAAAAUACUACGUUCUUAUAUUAUUACAUUCCUAUAUGACUGUUCCUGUUUCCAUGGGAGUUCUUAUAUAUUUUGAUAUUUUACUUGGAACACAUGUUUUCCAUGCUUGCGCUAUGUUUGAAAUACUCAGAACAUAUUUACAAUCAAUACAUGUCAGUGUUUGUAACACAGAAAUAAGUGACAAAGCGAAAUCUGAUAAAAUCAUUCAUUGUAUUCAUAUGCACAGAAAUGCUUUAGAAUUCGCUGCUGAAUUGGACGCAUCCUAUAAUGUUGCAUGGCUUGUGCUACUGACAAUUUGUCUUGUGGGACUUACUUUUACCGGAACAGCGACAGUAUUAAAACUGAAUGAAACGAGUGAAGCAGUAAAAUUUAUAGCAUUUUCCAUGGGGCAUAUUUUUCAUCUUUUUUUCACAAGUUUUCAAGGUCAACUGCUCAUAGAACAUAGUGAAGCGAUUUUCUAUUCAACCUAUUUUUCGGAGUGGUACAAUAUGCCGCUUUUUUUUAAAAAACUUCUUAUUCCCAUAAUGAUGAGAAGUAUGACGCCCUGCAGACUAUCUGCUGGAAAAGUGUAUAUUUUGUCCAUGGAUACAUUCAGUUCCGUAAUUCAAAAGGCAAUGUCUUUCUUCACGGUCCUCUCGUCAAUGCGUUGAAAGCAACUGGCAACACUAAUUUAAUAAAAAGUGAUACAAUUGUUUUUGUUUUUAUUGUUAUUGGAUUAUUCUUAAAGAAUAUUUGUUAAAAAAAAAUAGAAAACAAACGAAACUGAUAAAUUACUUUCCAAUAUUCAAAUAUACUA